AUAACUUGGCAAGAUGAGCACUCUGCCCCCUUCUCCUGGGAAACGAGGAGUCAGAUGGAGUUCAGCGUCUGCUCCUUGUCCACCCAGGAGCCCGGCGGUGCCGCCAGUGAGCCCAAGCAGCCCUGCAGAGUCGCCCAGGGCGGCAAGGCCACCGGGCCGGACGCCCUGGGCCCCGUCGGGAAGGAGGAGGAGGCGCCCUUCUGGAAGAUCAGCGCCGAGCGGUCCCGCGGGGCAGGGCCCCAGGCCGAGUUCCCGUCGCUGACGCCCAGCCAGAUCAAGUCCAUGGAGAAAGGCGGGAAGGCCCUGCCAGCCAGCUACAGGCAGGAGCCCGCCCCGAAGGACAGGGAGGCCAAGGCCGAGAAGCCCAGCCACCUCCGCCAGGAGCCGCGUGUCGUUCCCAGCACCAGCGUGGAGCGCGAGGGGCCCCAGCCCGUCCAGGCCUGCUCCGGCACAGAAGAUGAAGCCACCGCUUCCGAGCCUGUGGGCAAACCGCCUGCUCCCGAGGCCGGCCCGGAGGGCGAGGAGGACACAGAUGCUCUGUUCUCGGACCCCGGGCCUCCACAGGUCACCUCGAGUAACGUCAUCUUGAAGACGGGAUUUGAUUUUCUGGACAACUGGUAAAAUGUGUUAGACCCCCAAAAAAACCCCACGAAAAAACAAGACCCCCCCAAACGUUCCCCGAAGCGGCCGCGGGCAGCGCCCCGCCUUUGCCAGGCCUCCGUUUGCUUUUCCGACUCUGGGAAACUGGUGAAUAUCACCUCGCCCAGGUUUGCGGAUUUUCCACUUUUUCGUAAGACCAGAUACAUGUGCAGUUUUCAAUGAUUUGAUAACGGGAGUUUUAUAUGUGGAAUUUUUAAAACCUGUUAGGAAUCCAAUAACUCUCUCAAGUAAAUCCUCUGUCCCCCUCCUCAGAGAGAGGGUUUGCUCAGCCAUGUCACAGAAGUCGUAAAAGUGACCCCCACCCUCUCCUUCAGCCCCUCCCUCUUCGAAUGCGUGCGGUUACCUUCGAUGAGUGGUCACCGGCGUCCUCAGCUGGUGACACGAGCGUGCCGGUUGUGGCCGUGGAAAGAUUUGCUCCCCACGCCCCGAGCCCCCCGCAACCCGCCUCAGGGCUGCCCUCGCCGAAGCCACACUCGCUGCUGUGUGAGCCACCCCACCCUGGCGUCAUCCUAGGAAGUGGACUGGGUGUCUCCACGCUGCCCCGAGGCUUCUUCAGACUAGUCAGCAUUGUUUAAGAGUUGCACGUGUAAACGUUUUGUAUCAGCUUUUGGUUAUUUUGUAUCUAGACUUAGCGGUUGUAGGGUUACCACCUUCCUCGGGUCUGUGCCGGGUUCCGUGCCGCAGUCCCCCGCUCAGGCGGCCUGGGGGGUGCCCCGCCCCCGGCCUUGCAGGAGGAUGGCCGAUGGCGGGUGUCAGGGAUGCUUCCCCAGCCCUGACCAGCUUGUGCAGCGCCCCACAGCGCCCCCCACAGACCUCUGUGGUCAUGGCGACGGUGUCCCCUGGACUGGGACUUGGCGGCCCCUCCCCUGACGAUCGGGGCGCUGUGCCCUGGGGGGGGCGCGAUGGCCUGAGCCUGCAGGACGUGCCCACGUGUGACCUCCACUGUGUUCUCACCCGAAGCCUUAAUCCCACGAGUCCUGCCAGUGAGCGCCCGUCUGUGCCACGCGUGUCUUUUCAAAAUGCCUUUCCGUUCCGUGGGACCUUCUAAAAGGGCUUCCGGCUCCAACAGAGAGCAACGUGGCACCUUUUUUUUUUCUGGGAAAGUCUCUGCCAAAGCUGUGGCUUAGCCAGCGUUUGGUUGAGUCCCUGCCAGGCGUUCGAUGUCCCCGAAUCCCAUCUGGUCCCUCGGGGCUUGGAUUCGACCUGCUGCUCUGGCGACUGCAUCUUGACAAAUGCAGGUCUUUUCUGUACCGAUUAAGUAAGAUUAAAACGCGAAAGGGAAGAGAGGUCGCUAGCACGGUGGGGGGCGGAGCCCCGGAACCCCCACAGUCAGCAGGGCGGGGGCCCCUCAGAAACCAGGGGCUGGGCAGAUGCGAGCCUGCGUCCUUCGGCGUUGGUGGCAGGGAAGAAAGAUGUGUCUCUCACGACAGCCCGCGGCCACGGGUCUGUCCUGGGGGACGAUUCUGGUUUCUUUCCCACUUUGUCGUCAAGCUGGGGUCCGCAGGGGGUCCCCGAGGCAGUCCCGCCCCAGUGAAGGGCUGGGUCCGGGGAGCGGCCGGAGGAUGCGGGCUGCCGGCCCUCGUCCUCCCUGACCUCAGGGUGGCCUCUCACCCCGCCGUCUGCACGGUCCGGGUCCCCGCUCCCGGCCAUCUCCGUCCGGCGUGUCCACGUCGGCGCGUUACGCUCCCGCGUUUGCCACCCUCGAGCUUCUAAAGCCGGGAGUCUCCGCUUCUACCUUUAAAAGCGCGCUUUUCGGCGAAGCCGGUGCGGGGUUUGGAGUCCCCUCCCCCUCCCCCGCACCUGGGACUCAGACGGGCACCGUGUCUUGCUUUGCGUGACUGUAUUUUGCAAAGUCUCCCCCGAGAAGUCAGAAACCAGCCUCAGCCCUUUGCCUGGGGCCCGUCCCCUGCCCUCUGGCGGUGCCACCUGCCCUGGGAACAGAGGGGGUGCAGCCCCCCCCACGGGGUGUCGGGGGGCCUCCCUUUCUUUGAUACGCAUUUUCAAAAAUGAGAGUUCUUACUGACCACUUGUACCUUGGUCGUAUUUUGUAUUAACAGCCUUUAAUAAAGCCGUUUAAAACAUU